AUGAAUGCGGAUGAUGCAAUUUGUCAACGGAAGCGGAUCAAAAUGGACGGAGGAAACAAGCUUGAAAUCUUUCGACAAGGCACUCCUGUGUGGCUGGAAAGUUUGACUUCAGAUGUUUAUGAAGAGGGAAUGAUAACUGGUGCAGCAGUUCGGCAAUCGCCGCUGCAAAUAAAACAAGAGGGCGAACACGUCUCCUCCGCUGUUUUCUACUCUGUACUCGCUGGCAAAACUGAGCAUCAUUAUGUAGAGUCAAAGCGGAUUGCGGAUCGCCGCGUGCCCCAAUACCAGGGCGCAGACAAGCAGGAAGCAAUAUCCACUAAGCAGCGCAGUCUAGUCACCAAGAAAGAUGAGCCACCAGCUGCUGAUGAUUCUUCGCCUCAGAAGUUCCUUGUCCAACCGAUGACAACGCCCUUGGAAUCUGAAUCACUGUGCGCCCUUAAACAAGAUAAAGAGAACACUGAUUUCAUCCAAUCCAGUGACGAAACUAUCAGGUCUGAAGUUGAACAGGACGGUUUGUUUUCGCCCAUCCGCAGGGACAUUAAGACCGUUAGCGAACAAGGGGACCAAUGCGAGAAUGCGGAACCAGUUUCACCCCUCCGAAGGAAUUGUACAUUCGCGGACUUGUCCCAGCUCAAAGAGAGUCUUUUUACAUCUGACGAUCCAAACAUCAAGUACGGAGUGGAAUUGGACGAGGACACGUUUUUGACGGCCGAAGAAGUACACAAGAUUGUUCGUGAAAUACAGCGCUCUCAACGGCGAAAGCGAAAGCGAAAGGCCUCCGGUCUUGACAAGAAAGCUGUCGUAGGGUCAAAGAACGGUCAAAACAAGCAGAUUGGGACUACUGCGAAUCACACUUCAGCCC